AUGGGAAGAUGGGUUAAAUGGUGGGAAGAUGGACUACGUGGUGGAAUGUUUCAUGAAACCAGCGGUCGCACAGGAUUUGAUGAGUUACCACCACUUCCUCAAGCUGAAGAACGUACACUUACUCAGCCAGAAGAACAUCAACAGGAUCCUCCACGAACAGAAAUGACGGAGAGGAUAAUAGCACAUGCUCACUCUGUUACCGUUACUUUGAAGCUUCCAACUACAAAAGAAAAGUUAUUAGCAUUAUUACGUGAGGAAGAACGACGAAGAAUGUCACCUGAAUUACAAGAAUUAUACCGCAAAGUUGGUAAUGAUCCUACAUGUGGUAAAGACUGGAUGGACGUCACUGAUCAGAUGCAAUAUGAAUUGGUUCGAGAAUUUGGAUACUCUGAUGAGGCUGUUCAACUAAUGCGGCGUGCACCGCAACUUUAUCCAGAUGAUCCUGAAUUUAGUAACACUCAAGUAUAUGUCCGUAAUAAUGUCGCAAACAUUGGAAACCUUAAAGAAGGAAUGCAAGCACCAGAUUGUCCGCUUAUUCCUUUAAAAUAUACUGACACAACUAUUCCAAAUAUUUCCAUGGAAGCUUCGGAACUGACAGUUUCGAAUAUGUCUGUAGGAACAGCAGAUGAUACAGAUUUACCAAAUUCAAUUUCCUUACGUUCACUUUGUCGAUCAGGACGGCCUCUGGUUCUUCUCGCUGGAUCACUUACUUGUCCUUUAUACAGAUAUAUAUCUCAUGUACUUAAUGAUAUAUAUGAACGAUAUCGAACGAGUACAGAUUUCUAUAUGAUACAAAUUAAGGAAGCUCAUGCUAGUGACGUUUGGCCGAUUGGUAAUAUUGUAGAUGUUAAAGAACAUAAAACAUUAGCUGAUCGUUUAACCGCUGCAGAAGAAAUGGUUAAAGCAACACAAUUAAAAAUUCCAGUACUAGUAGAUACAAUGGAUAAUACUUUUUUGAAGUUAUACUGCCCUUGGCCAUUCCGAUUUUUCAUUGUUGUAGAUGGUAUUUUAAAACUUGUUGGGAUGCCAAAAGAAGCUCGGUACGAUACAACUGAUUUAGUCGAAUGCUUAGAGACUCUUUUAAAAUCAUAA